GCGAAGAUGCCUGACGGUGUGGCCAUAACCACACCGACAAAUUUCCCGUUUCCCGUCGCAGAAGCCGAUGCCCGCCCCUAGCUGCCGAUAUCGAGUCUGUCGAGCUGUCUCUGGUCCGCCUAGCUGCAGACGUCGGCAUCCGGGCCACCCUUGCUUGGGGCUUACGGCAUAGAAAACCGGUGCAGCCUCGCUCGACAGACGCCCCCUGGCGUGGGGGAGCUCCCUCCACACUCACCAUGGACGAUGAGAUUGACCCCCACAUCUUCUUUGGGCUCCAGAAGGAACACUAUGCGGACAAGCUCAGCUACGUGCCCAAAUCCGCUCUCAUAGUGGAGGUUUCAAAGUCCAGGACGGGUCCGCCUAGCGUUGUAGCCACCAAGAUGAAUCCCGACGAGCUGGAGGGAUGGCUCAACAAGCAAAUAAAGUCUGACCGGGAGGGCACAACAUCGCCAGGCCUCCGUUUGAUCCUCGGCAACGCCCGCGACCCAGAGCCCCCUGGCCCCUGGUCGAUGCCGCCGCCGGCCGAAGGGGGAGACACGACCUGGCCCGGAGACUACCGCGUCAUCACCAACACGUGGCCCAUCCCCUUCUCCCGCAGCCACUUUGACGUCAUGAUCGACCGCUUCUCGCUCCCGCAGUCCACGCGCUGGUUGUGCAAGACGUCGACGCGGCACCUGCAAACCUACCGGAUGCGCCCGUCGGCGCCCGGCUGCCCGAGCUACGGCCUCACCUUCCGGGUCUUCCAGGCCCUGCACGUGGCGCUCUCGCUCUCGCACGACGGCGCCACGGGCGUGACGACGGCGCUCAUGCUGGGCCAGUCGGGGCGGCAGUCCGAGUUCGUGCGGGCGCAGGUGGCGCGGCUGGCGCGGCUGGCGCACCACCCGGCGCUGCUGCCCGCGGUGCUGCUGGCCGCCAUGCGCUCGUCGACGGGCGGCUCGCUCGUCGAGGUCGCCCGUCUGUGCGGCCUCUGGGUGUCGUACACCGAGUGCACGAUCGACGAGGCCGAGCGUCUCAGGGAGUUUGUGGCCCGCCUGUCGCGCGACGUCGAGGGCGCGAGGGCGGCCGCUCUUGCCAAGGGCUAUGGGAGGCAGGAACAGGAUGCCGACGCCGCCGCGCUGAGCUACAGCAUGGCGGGCUCGGACCUGGACGAGGUCGGGUUCAUCAUCGACGAGAGGCUCGACUUCAUCAUCCACAAGGCGCGGUACACGCUCUCGACGGCCAGGUACGUGAGGGAGCGUAGCAUGGACUUUAUGCCGACGAUGGGCAACUACAUCGCCCAGGGCAUAUACGUCCGCAUGAGCAACCUGCGCAUCAGGGGCAUGAAGCAGCUCAGGGUCAUCUGCCUCACGCUCCUGGCAUUUCUGCCCGGGAUCCUGGUCACGACAUUCUUCUCCACCUCCUUCAUGGCCGACCUGCGUCCGCCGCACUGGGCCUUCUGGGCCGCAGCCGUCCCCUUUGUCGGCGGCGUGCUGGCUCUGUGGGGCACGUGGGACGCGUGGAAGCUGCCUUGGUGGAUGAAGCGGUCGCCCAAGCUCUACAGGCUCGAGGUGGCGCGGUGGAUGGGCGACUUCAAGCGCUGGGCCAGGCGCCGGAUCGGCCUAUCGGACGUGUCGUUGACGACGAGCAGCAGCAGCAGCACUUCGAUCGUGGACGACUGACGUCCUUUUUUUUUGUCGGUUGAGGCAACGGUUGUUGAGAGCCAGCGGGUAAAAAGUGACAAGCAUAUUAGUCGUUAAAAUCUGUCACAUCAUUUCAUCGUUGCUCUUUCGCCACAUGGACUAUGACGGCUCUCGGCUACAAACGGCUUCCC